AUGAAGCGUUUCCGGUGCCACGCUGGUACAGCGACUACUGUUUUAGUGCUUUUGCUUAGUGGCUCGGUGUGGUGCAUAGCGAACAGCAAGUCGGUUAUUUCCGUCGACGGUGAUCGGAAUUGGAAAGCGAAAGACACACAAACCGCUGGAUCAAGCUUGUGGUCUCCGGCGUCCGAGUAUUACGACGACCGCGAUCGCAAUGUAGGAGGAUACAAAAAGGACUUCAUAACCAGCUAUGAGGACAAAUACCCCGGUAACAGCCCGCCGUACGGAAACAAAUUCCGGCUAGGGUCAUCUACGUUUAGCGGUGGAAGCUACUACACACCCGGUGGCACGUACGAUCGCAGACCAUUCUAUGGGUCAGCGGGACCUUCCGUCUACGGGGUACAGGACUACGACGGGGCGUACGAGUACGGCCCUCAUGGGCAGGGAUACUCCUUAAACUAUCCGUACGGUGGCAAAGACCUCACCCGAUCGGUGCUGUUGCCCCUGGCUGGAGCGACGCUCCUAGGCAUUGCGGCCGCCCUGGUUGCCAAUCCGGUGCUGCUGCACUUGGGUGUGUCUGCGGGCAAACGGAAAAGGAGAGAGAUUUCCCCACCGAGUGACCCCGAUAUCGCGUACCGUGGACAGCUGAGUCCUACCGUCAGAAUUUACAGAGUGAAAUAA